CUACCCUUCCCUUCCUUCGCCUAGCCUUGGAGGCUGCAGUUCGGCGGGAGGACUGACGAGUUAGUACCGUAUGGUGAUCCUGAUGAAUCUUUUCCAGUCUGCUACGAGGCGGUUGGUUUCUCAAGUAUACUGUGGUCUUAAACCUGCUUCUUCUAAGAAACAAAGGAGCUGCUUUGAAAUGGCGCGGCCCAGUUCAAACAUGGCAGAUUUUCGAGAAGCAUUUGCCAAAGCAAAACACAUAGCCAUUAUUACUGGGGCUGGUGUCAGCGCAGAGAGUGGCGUUCCGACCUUCCGAGGUGCUGGAGGCUACUGGAGGAAAUGGCAGGCUCAGGAAUUGGCCACCCCAGAGGCUUUUGCCAGAAACCCUUCCCGGGUUUGGGAGUUCUAUCAUUACCGGAGGGAGUUGAUGAUGACUAAACACCCAAACCCUGCCCACAUUGCCAUAGCGGAGUGUGAGGCCAGGCUGAGCAAGCAAGGCAGAAGCGUUGUGGUCAUAACGCAGAACAUUGAUGAGCUCCACAGGAAAGCAGGGACAAAGCACCUCUUAGAAAUUCACGGGAGCUUAUUCAAAACGCGAUGUACCAGCUGUGGAAAUGUAACUGCAAAUCAUAAGAGUCCAAUAUGUCCUGCUUUGGCUGGAAAGGGUGCUCCAGAACCAGAUGCGGAAGAUACCCGGAUUCCAGUGGAAGAGCUCCCUCGGUGUGAGGAAUGCAGCGGCCUCCUACGGCCCCAUGUUGUGUGGUUUGGAGAAACCUUAGAUUCUGAUAUCCUAACAGAAGUAGAAAAGGAACUUGAGAUUUGUGACCUCUGUUUGGUGGUUGGGACUUCUUCUAUCGUAUAUCCCGCUGCAAUGUUUGCUCCUCAGGUGUCUGCCAGAGGAAUGCCAGUCGCAGAAUUCAACAUGCAAAGCACUCCUGCAACAGACCGAUUCAGGUUCCAUUUCUCAGGUCCCUGCGGUACUACGCUGCCCCCUGCACUUUCUCGCCAUGAAACGGAGAUCAUCUCAUGAGCCUUUCUAAAAAAAAACACUGAAGAGAAACAGAACUGUCAAGUUCAGCAGAGUUCAAACAAAAGUAGAACUUUGAACUUGUAGAAGACACCAUGAUUGUUACCCAGCAAUGAGGUCUGAGGAUCUCACUGAACAAAACAGAUCACAGUUCUCAGAUUCAUUACUAGAAUGAGCAAAGGAAACAAAUGAUCAUGGGCAGCAUUUUGUCGGACUAAACACUUUCAUGCAAAAGGAAAGCUUACAGCUCUAAAUGUAGUUACAUGAGGAUAUUUGUGUUGCAAAGCAUCAGGUUAUAUCUUUAUUCAAUUCUAAACAUGGAGGGAUGUUACCAUACCUGUACACUUCACAGAAUGAUUUACUGAUAUGGUGUAAAAUUCUUUAAAAAAUGCAAGGUUUAAUUAUCAAAUGGCCAAUAGACAGCAAUUAAAUAAAGUCAGUACCUUUGCAGAAAAUCAAUGAAACAAAAUGGUUUUCUCAAGAGAUGUUUUACACUUCAAGAAGGUUCAGUCUGGAACUGCACUUAUUUUAAAUCAUUGCUAUGUGCCUUCAAGUCAUUUUGGACUUAUGGCAACCCUAAGGCAAACCUAUCACAGGGUUUUCUUGGCAGGAUUUGUUCAGAGGGGGUUGUCUUUGCCUCCCUCUGAAGCUGAGUGAAACUUGGCCUAGUGGGUUUCCAUGGUAGAGCAGAAAUUCAAACUCUGGUCUCCACAGCUACAAUCCACAACAGCUACAGUACACAACACUGUCUCUCUGUUUCUGAUCAUACAAGACAGCCAUUGAAACCAUAACUGGAACAUCUACUUGCAUAGUAUUCUCCCCCCCCCUCCCCCCCUCCACACACAGCAAGAACCAAUUUUGAACUUGCUUGAAUAUAUGGGCUUACUUAUUACAUACUUUUAAUUCUCCAAUGUCAUUUUAAAAAGCAUUAAAAUAAGAUUAACUUGUU